AUGCCGCACAUUGUUUUGAACGACGUGAACAAAUUGUCGCUUCUGCGAACGCUGAAGAGCGGACGGUUUUUAAGCGUCGGAUUUCGCUCGUGGGAUCUGUACGAAUUUCCAUUGCUGCAGAGCACGACCAAGCACUCGUGGGCCGUAAAAACUGCGGCGCAACUAGAGAAACCGCGAUACGUUAUCUUUGCCCUACAGACAGGACGACGAAACGUGUUGACACGGGAUUCCUCGACCUUCGAUUAUUGCAAGCUCACCAACGUGAAACUGUAUUUGAAUUCGGACUUUUAUCCUUAUGACGACAUGAAUCUUGAUAUCGAGAACAAUAAAUUUGCUAUACUGUACGACAUGUAUGCAAAAUUUCAAAAAUCGUACUAUGGUCGAAAACUCGACGAUGCGUAUCUAAACGUAAAAUCAUUCCUAACAUCCGGCCCAAUCAUGGUGAUCGAUUGCUCUCGUCAGAACGAGGCGGUGAAAAGCGCCACCGUAGACGUUCGCGUAGAGUUCGAGUGUAAGGAAAACGUUCCGGCCGACACCACAGCGUAUUGCCUUAUUAUUCAUGAUCGAAUCAUCGAGUACAGUCCCCUGACGAAUGUGGUGCGGAAACUUGUAUAA